ACCUAGAGGUUUGCGCGCCUGCGCGAAGGGCCGCACGGCGCGCGGCGUCGUCACUUUCAAAACGAGUGGCGGGGAGCUGCUGUGGGAGCCGUUGCCGUCGCUGUCUGCCGGGUUGAAGUGCGUGCCUUCGUCCCUGGACCUAGUCAUGGCGCUGCAGCUCUCCCGGGAGCAAGGCAUCACCCUGCGCGGGAGCGCUGAAAUCGUGGCCGAGUUCUUCUCAUUUGGAAUCAACAGCAUUUUGUAUCAGCGUGGCAUAUAUCCAUCUGAAACCUUCACUCGAGUGCAGAAAUACGGACUUACCCUGCUUGUAACUACUGAUCCUGAGCUCAUAAAAUACUUAAAUAAUGUGGUGGAACAAUUAAAAGAUUGGUUAUACAAGUGUUCAGUUCAGAAACUGGUGGUAAUCAUCUCAAAUAUUGAAAGUGGUGAGGUCCUUGAGAGAUGGCAGUUUGAUAUUGAGUGUGACAAGACUGCAAAAGAUGACAGCACACCCAGAGAAAAGUCUCAGAAAGCUAUUCAAGAUGAAAUCCGCUCAGUAAUCAGACAGAUCACAGCUACAGUGACAUUUCUGCCACUGUUGGAAGUUUCUUGUUCAUUUGAUCUACUGAUUUAUGCAGACAAAGAUUUGGUUGUACCUGAAAAAUGGGAAGAGUCGGGACCACAGUUCAUUACCAAUUCUGAAGAAGUCCGUCUUCGUUCGUUUACUACUACAAUCCACAAAGUAAAUAGUAUGGUGGCCUACAAAAUUCCUGUCAAUGACUGUGGUUGAGAUAAGGACAAUAAUAUACUUCGUAAUUCUCAAAUGUGGUUUUCCUGAGACCAAGUCAACGACAGUUGGUAUGUUUUCACUGGUUGAUUUUCAGAUGGGGAAAACUUAACAUACUUCACUGAGCUGUGCAUAAUUGUUCCAGUGUUUUGAUCUGUUUGACUUUACCUAGGGUUGACAUUAGUUACUGCACACGGUUCACAAGGGAACCAACAGAUAACUACAUCAGCAUUGUUAUGUCAAUGCCUUUGAAGGUAAUAACUGUACAUGGAAAAAUUUGCUAUAAAACUAAGUACCUUCCUAAAUCGGCCUCUUGGUCAAGUAGCUUGAUGCAGUAUAUACUUAGGGAGGUAUUUAAAAUAAAAUAUAGCAAAAGCAGUCUGAAUAUUCAGAAUCUUUGUUAGGUUCCUGAAAGUGUCUAAUGAUAAUCCGUAAGUAAUGAAAUAAUGCUGUUAGGCCCUUUGCCUUUAUUUCAUUUGUAUUUGUAUAGUUUCCAUAUUGAAGAAGUUCUCAGUUAUUUGAUUUCCAUUUAUGUAACUUGAACCUAUGAAGCUAUGGUUAUUUCUACUGUCUAAAUUCUUGUGAUACAAAACUUUUAAAAGUGUCUUUUAUGUUUUAUAAAAUCAAGCUUUAAAUGGCAAUGAUGAAAUAAAGUUAAAAUGCUUAUGUUUCAA